GGAAGAAGAAUACAGUACCUUUGAAUGCUGCAGACCGGUGGCGUAUUGACGUUGUGUUCCUACGGUCCAAACGCUUUCUGACAGUGCAGUCUACAAUUUACAGCAACGCAAUGGACACCAGCCCAUUUUUAUUAGGUGCUCUAUAGCACAGUGACAUUUCCUGAUGAAAUCUAAAUCAAAGGCCCAGUUGGCACCCCUGCCAUGGACAGAGAUCCUUGUGUAUUGGGUGCUGUCCUUUGGCUCUCAUCUGUACUCUUUCUACCAACUCCACAGGUUCUCCAAAGAGCAUGAAGCAGGAUUACAGAGAGAAUUCCAGUUGGAAAAAGGCCUUCUUAAGGGGUUUCAAAGGGACCCAUCAGACUUUGAGUGGAGUUUCUGGACUGAAUGGGCUAAGAAGUCUUUGCUGUGGACUCUUUUUGGUCAUGGUGUCAUAUCGAGAUUGACCAGCAUCUUUUACCCCAAGUUUAGGGUGCCAGCGCUUACGAUAUAUGGCCUCUUAGCAGCCAGCUGUGUGUUGGGGAUUAAAGGUGUUAGUGUGCUGCUGGUACAUCUGGGCCUGUGCUUUUCAGUGGCCCAACUACGAAAGCCUGCUGUGUCGUGGGCCUGUAACCUGCUGCUGCUCUCCACACUUAACUUCCAACCACUUCAAGAGAUCCAGAGAGGCUGGUAUAAGACCGAGGAGGAGUACUAUCUGCUACUCUUCAGUGUUGCUGUCUGUGGGCUACGCUUCAUCAGCUUCAGCCUCGAGCAUUGCUGGUGCCCUCUAGACCGUGGUGGCGUUGUGCAGCUCUCUUGGUUAUUGUCAUACACCUUCUAUCAUCCGUUUUUUUACAAUGGGCCCAUUAUCACGUACAAAGACUACAUUGAGCAGAUGCAGAGGCCUGCUGAGGGUGACAGGGAUGAUUCUGCUUUUAGUUACUUGGCGCUCAGAUCAGUACGGAUCAUUCUGUGGUGGUGCAUUGCAGAAUACAUGAUCCAUGUUAUGUACAUGCACUCCAUCCAGUCUAAUGAGACUUACCUAGAAAUCCUUCCACCUUGGGCCUUGGGCGGUCUGGCCCUGGCCCUCGUCCAGUUCUUCUAUGUGAAGUAUCUGAUACUGUUUGGCCUUCCAUCCAUGCUGGCUACUUUGGAUAAACUAGUUCCCCCAAAGCUUCCUUGUUGUGUCAGCAUCAUGUACAGUUUUACAGGGAUGUGGAGGCACUUUGACGAGGGCCUGUAUCGAUGGCUCAUCAGAUAUAUCUAUGUGCCGUUGGGAGGUUCACGGCAUGGUCAUCUUUACAAAAUCUUAUCCACUGGCCUUGCAUUUGGAUUCGUUUGCCUCUGGCACGGUGGCCAUGAUUACUUACAGUACUGGGCCCUAAUGAAUUGGGCCGGAGUUCUGGUGGAAACUGGAAUGAAGUCUCUGUUUGCCUCAUCCUUUAUUAACUCCAUUGUUGAGCAGAAUUUCUCUGCGGCAAUGGAAAGGCGUUGCAUUGCCCUUCUCUCUGCCUUCUCCACUGCCAUGCUCAUCCUCUCUAAUCUGGUGUUCCUCGGGGGUAUACAUGUUGGCCGAAUUUUCUGGAAACGUGUCUUCAUUCAAGGCUGGUCCACCCUGGCUCCACCUAUGCUGGCUUUCCUCUACUGCUUUGCUCAGAUUGGACUUGAGUGGACUUCCCACCCAACUGAGUCACCUUGACUUUGUGUCCGAGUCAGAAUCCCUGCUACCGGACAACCAGAACAACCUGCUGAGUCCAGGGCCUUGUCCUCACCAGUCCCUGUGGCGAACCUGGCUCGUGGCCACGGAACCUGUCCAAACCUGGCUGAAGUGCAGCUGAGCAGCCACUUUUCACAACCUGCAAGACUGGGCACAAUCUGUCUGUAAGCUAAGACUUAAAGGAUCAGUGUUGAUUCCUUCUGAGGAGAGAGUGUCAUGUGCUUGGAAAAUUUAAGUGCACACAAACUCUGAUAGAUAUAGAUAGAGUGUAAUACUGUAAAUUCAGGGCAAGCUGCAGUAGCAGCCUUGGCAGUGGCAAGUGGCAAGUUUUCUACCCAAUAAGCUUCACUGCAUCACUGUUAUUCUAUGAAACUAUAAAAGAAAAUAUGGACCCUGAAUCUGUCUUGGUUAUAUGCCUCUGAUAAGGUAUUGCUCAGUGGUGCGCUAAGCCGGAGAAAUGCAAAUUUCACAUUUACUGUCCUCCUUUAGCUCGCCACAAAAGCAGUUGUGUAUUCAGAGGUAGACAACAGGCACAGAAGACUGAAUAGAGCAGUAGCAAACGUGAUCAGUAUCAUUAUACCCCUACGGAUCAUGUAAGGGAUAUUGGGUAAAGUAGAAUAACACUAAUGUUAGUAAAUGGAUUGGUAAAAAGCAUUAGAGGAGUUACAUAUACGCUUUUAAUUCAACACAGUAGCACUGGUAGAUGACAUUUAUCCGCUGGAUUGCGGAGCAAAGCUAUUUUUAAAGCAAGGAUGGAAAAAAACCCUAGCUGUACGUUUUCAGCUUUACGAUCACUCAGUCCACGUUUGGAUUAAAACCUUGUAUUUCAAGUUUCAUGAAUAUGAAUAUCCAUUAAUGUUAAAAUGGAAAACCAUACUGUACCUGAGUCAUUUAUGUGUAUGUCCUGAUACAUAGACGUCAGGACCAUGAGGACGCUCUACUGUGUUUUUGGGUCUGUUGAGGGUUAAUAUGCUCCCCUAUAGAUAAUCAACUCAUGAAACUCUUCAAGAACAGAAGACAAUUCCUAAUGCACAGAAUUUCGGGGGAGUUUUGUGAGUAAUUUUAAAGGAUAAGGCUGGUGUAAUUCUAUAUUUUUUUCACUAACAAAUCCAGUGAAAAGGCCAAAGCCAACAACUUAUUAGUCUGUUUCUCAAUACUAUCAGACUUCCCUACCUUGUCUGUGACACUCAGCCCACAAGUCCAUUCACUCACAUUUGUUCUGAAUCUUUAAAAAUGGGUCAAAUAUAUAUAUAUAGUUUAGUUUUUUUAAAGGCUCAGUAAUUUGCAGCAGAGCCCGAAUUCAAACUAAUGAAGGAACAUGCUAGUACUUGCCAGCCAGUGUGGCUCAUUGAUGUGUUUUGAACAACAAUGGAGCUCUAUGGCAUAGAGGAAUAUUAUAUAUCAGGCUUUGGCUAAACAGACCGUUAAGUUGGGUUUGUAGUUAUAAUAUGUUUGGUCAAUUCUGCUUGUUUCUUCAGUGCUCAGAGCUUUUCAUGGGAUUUGUUGACAAGGAUAAAGAAUAUAUAGAUAAAGACUUAUCCUUUAAAAGAGGUCAAAGACAUGUCCAAAAACAUGAAAAUCACCACACUAUGAGUUAAAAGGAGGCUUUAAUAAAGGUUUAAAGCUUUGAGGUUAAGUCAAUUAACCAGUUAGUCGACUGACAGAAAAGUCAGAUUCGUCGUUUUGUUUUUUUACUUUUCUGGUUCCAGCUUCUCAAAUGCGAGGAGUAGCUGCUGUUUUUCUACUUUUUCUACUAUAUCAUUUGAAAGCAGCAUAUUGAUGAGAACACCUUGGACUCUGGAAAACUGUGAUUGCCUUUUUUUCCAAUGUAUUCUGACAUUUUAUAAACCAAACAAUUGAUUUUUCGAGAAAUAAUCAGCAGAUUAAUUGGUGUAUAGAUAAAGUAAAAAACUGUUAUUUGCAUCACGUCGAGGCUUACCAUUGAAGUGUGGGCACGGAUGAUGAGUUGGAUGACCUAAUGUAAUGGGAGGAAAAAGCUUCUGUCUUUUGUUUUACCACAAAGGUGCAGUUUAGGUCCACACCAAAGUACAGUAUAAAUAAUUCUAGGUUUUAAGUUGCACAUCUUGAAAGUGUUUGCAUCUGCUCAGAUCACAAUAAAUAAUUAACUCUAUAAUCCAGUAGGGGGUGACUAGUUUAUCACCAGUCUUUAAAGACAAACUCUCCCAGGAAGUAAUAGGAAGCUACUUUAAAAAAAGCUUAUGUGCUUUUAAAAAAAAAGUCUUUUGAGGUUAAAGUGUGAUGUGGCAAAAACAAUAUGAUCUUCUUACUAUUCAUAGUGCAUAGUAAGGAAAGCAAACUGCUUCGGGGUAUGGCUUCCAAGAAGAUUAGUUGAAGAAUUUUAGAUCAAGGUGCCAUCGCUGAGAUUCAUAAUUAACAUAAAACUCUCAAGUUCUCUCAGGUCCUCUUGUUGUUUAUUGUCGUGCCACAAUUGACUGUUCCCAGGGUUUUCUGUUUCUCAAUCUGUGAACUGCAGAGGUCUAAUUUUUUAUCUCAAUUAGUGGGGAAUCAACUCGUCUCGUAAUAAAAGCUACUUUGUCAGUAAAUAAUAAAAGUACUCUGUAAUCUGGA